AUGCUCUCCAGCGAAUCCAUCCAAGCUCUCUUCCGCCCUUCAUCAUGGAUUGUCGAGCCCGAACCCUCCACAUUCGCACCGCGCGGGACACUCACCAACAAAGAUAUGGACCCCACACCGCCUCAUCUCCGCACAUGGACGACUAGGGACUACGUCGCGUACUGGGUCGCGAGUAGCUUCAACAUAUCGGCUUGGGAGAUUUCGAGCUCGAUGUUGGCGACGGGGUUGUCUUGGCGUCAAGCCCUCGUAUGCAUAGCUGUAGGGCACAGCAUCAUCUCCAUACCGAUACUGCUCAACGGCACCAUCGGAGCGCGUCUUCAUGUCCCCUUCCCUGUCCUCGUCCGCUCCUCCUUCGGCUACUGGUUCAGCUACUUCGCGGUCGUAAGCCGCGUCGCAUUGUCGAUGUUCUGGUUCGGUGUACAAAGCUACUCCGGCGGAGAAUGCGUGUACCAGAUGCUCAAGGCGAUAUGGCCGUCUAUCCAGAACAUGCCGAAUCAUCUUCCCGAGUCCGCGCAUGUCACGACUGUCAACAUGCUGUGCUUCUUCAUCUACAUGGUCAUCCAAUUCCCGUUCAUGAUCAUAUCUCCUCAACGCGUUAAAUGGUUCUUCCUGUUCAAAGCAAUCGUGUGCCCCGCGGCCUGUGUCGCGAUGUUGAUAUGGGCUCUCGUCGAAGUACCUGUGGGUCAGAGCCUGGGCAACAAGCAUACUUCGCUCAGCGGGAGCGAGCUGCAUUGGUCAUACAUGAGCGCGAUGAACAGUGCGAUUGGCAUCUGGCUCACCCUUGCCGUGAACAUCGCCGACUUUACACGCUAUGCGAAGACACCACGAUCGCAGAUGGUGCAGAUCGCCAUCAUCCCGCCCGUAUUCACCUUCAUAGGCUUCAUCGGCAUCGUCGUAACAGCAGCCGGCCAAGUCCUCUACGGCCAGAUCCUCUGGGACCCUACAACGCUGAUCAACCGCUUCUCCUCCCGCCCCCUGUCCUUCCUCGCCGCUCUCUCCUUCGCAAUCGGCACAAUCGGCACCAACAUCGCCUCCAACUCUCUCUCCGCCGCGAACGACAUGACCGUCCUCUUCCCGCGCUACAUCAACAUACGCCGGGGCCAGGUGCUGUGUUGCAUCAUUGGAGGGUGGGCGCUGGUGCCGUGGGAGAUUUUGAGUAGCGCGCCGGGGUUUUUGAACUUUAUGAGUGGGUAUACGGUGUUCUUGGGUCCGUUUGCUUCGAUUCUGAUCACGGACUACUACCUGGUCCACCGUUCCCUCGUCUCCGUACCCGCCAUGUACGACCCCGACGGUAUAUACCGCUACACCUACGGCUUUAACUGGCGCGCCGUCAUUGCUUUACUCGUCACUGUCACACCCUGCCUCCCCGGGCUCGCUAAGGCGGUCAACAACAACGUCGAUGUCGGCCAUUCGGACGGUGCGGUUCGGUUAUAUCAGGUCUCAUCUUUGUAUGGAUUCUUUACGGCCAUGUUCGUGUAUUACACUCUAUCGCGACUCUUCCCGGAUCGCAAGACAUUCGUCACGGUGGAAGAAUCUAUGGUGCCGAAUGCGGACAAGGCGGACGAAGAAUCGGCUCAUUCUUGGAUCGAGGUCGAGAAUAACAUGGAGGAGAAGAAAGAGCAUGGAGGUGUAGAGAUUGAAGUGGUAUCUGUCGCAUCUCGAUCAUAA